AUGGAAGGUAAUAAUGAUCGACCCGAAGACCAUCUGGAUCCAUCGACUGAUGAAUUAUCUCCGUUGAAUACAAAACAAUUGACUCUAGAAGAUGAUAUAGAAAAAGAUCAACAACAACAACAUCAGUCAUCAUUAUUACUGACGCGAAAACGAUCAAACGUAACUGAUCAAGAGGUCAUCGAAUCAUUAGAACUGUUGCUAAACAGUGUUGUCGAAAUUCGUUGCAAUUCAAUUCCGUGCAAUUUUAUUUCGCCUUGGCAAGUGCAACCUCAGGUGACUAAAAAUUUAUCAGGAUUUAUAAUAAAAGACCGAUGGAUUCUAUCAAAUGCUCAUGGCGUUUCAAAUCAUUCUACUAUUCGUAUUCGAAAACACGGAUAUCCAAAAAAAUAUCCUGGACGUAUAUUACACAUUGCACAUGAAUGUGAUCUAGUUAUAUUGACUGUCGAUGACGAUCAAUUUUGGGACAAUGUAGAACCAUUAACGUUUAGCGAUAAAAUACCUCGAUUACAAGAAUCUAUAAUAGUUGUUGGUUAUCCAAUUGGUGGUGACAAUUUGUCGAUAACAAAGGGUGUCGUUUCAAGAGUUUGCAUGUCAACUUAUUCGCAUUCAUUAGAGAAAUUGCUAACAAUACAAAUCGAUGCCGCAAUCAAUUCUGGUAAUAGUGGUGGACCAGCUAUUCAAGAAAUAUUAAGCAGUAUCGAUCAAUUAAGUAAACAAGUUGUCGGUAUGUCAUUUCAAAUCAUCAAAAAAGCUCAAUCAAUUGGCUACAUUAUACCAGUCGUAGUAAUCAGACAUCUGCUAGAUGAUGUUGAAUUACACGGGAGAUAUACCGCUUUUCCUGAAGUAAGGUUUCGAUACCAAUUAAUGGAAAAUUCCUCAUAUCGAAAGUAUUUAAAACUAACCGAUGAUCAACAUGGUAUUUUAGUGACAUCGAUUGAACCGACAUCUGCUUUUAGCAAAAUAUUAAAGGAAGAUGAUGUCAUCAUAGCUAUAGAUGAUACGCCAAUUGCUGAUGAUGGUACAAUCUAUUUUCGUCGUGGCGAAAGACUCAGUUUUAUACAUUUGAUAAAGUCAAAAUUUGUUGGUGAUACAGUUACAUUGAGAAUUGUAAGACAAGGAGAAGAAAUAACAUUAACAAGUUCGCUUUGUUAUAUUCCCGCACUCGUUCCAUAUCAUUCUCAUGAUAAACGCCCAGAAUAUUUAAUUUAUGCUGGAAUUGUAUUCACAGUAUUAACUCGCUUUUAUCUGUAUGAGUGGGGUGAUAAUGACUGGGCUCAGAAAGCUCCAGAAAAUUUAGUUAACUUAGCAUGUAAUGGUAAAUUACAAGAACUAACUCAACAGAUCGUUAUUAUGGAUCAAAUACUUUCUGAUGAUGUUAAUCAUGGAAUUACUUCAGAUGCUAUAGAUGCUGUGUUAAAAACUGUGAAUGGUAUCAAAAUUAAGAAUAUUAAGCAUCUAGCAGAAUUAAUUGAUGAAAUAUCAAAUAAGGAAGAUAAUGGUUUUAUUCGAUUUGAAACAGAAUCCGAAGAAUUUAUUGUAAUUCAGUGUAAUGAAGCUAAACAAUCAGAAGAAAGAAUUUUAAAACAAAAUUCCAUAGCCCAUGCAAGAAGUGAACAUUUACGUUAA